AUGAAAUGGUCAAUCAAAAAACUGUUCCAAAGAAAAACUAGUAGUCAAGGUGCUGUAUUACACCCAAUAGAUUCCGAGACUAAUAAUACGCAUGCUUUUAAUAAGAAUUUCAAUAGUGGUGUUGAUGAGUAUAUGAGAAAAAGAAGAGAAUCUGUCGACCAUCAAAGCAUAUGGAAAGGUGAUGCAAAUGUGCAUACAAAUGAUUUCAGUUCGAUAUUUUCGGAAGAAGAUGAAUAUGAGUAUCGUACCAGUGAUAAUAAAAAUGUUGGUAACGUGGCUGGAUUUAAUAAUGGUGGUGAAGCUUCUAGUAAUAAAAAUAAAAAUAAUAAAAUAAGGAACAGAAUUACCAGAUCUUUUUCAAAGAAAAGCUUAAGUUUAUCCAACAGAAGUAAUAGUAAUAACACCGAUGACAAUAGUAAAUAUGGUGCUAUAAAUAAUAGUACAAAUAAAAGGAAAAGUAGGAGGUCUAGUCUUUUCUUUAAUGGUUAUGGAUCAAACAACGCAAAAAAUUCCAUCGUUAUGACAAAAGGUAAAUAUCCAUCGCAGGAAGGUAAUAGAUACUACAAUAACAAUAUAGCAUACGAUUAUUAUGACGAUGAUGAAGUUCCUCAAACUUUUAGACGUGUCAAUAGGCGAUUUUCAUUUAACAGCAUUGAGAACAAUAUGGUCUAA